AUGGUAAGUGAAGACGAUUCUUUUAGAUUCGCUGUGUGCUUGGCAUCGUUGGUGAUCGUCUAUUUGGCGAUACCAUCGGUGGAAUCGUGGUGGCAUCAUGGAGGAGGAGGGGGAGGAGGACACGGACACGGAGGUGGUGGCGGUGGUGGACACGGCCACGGUCAUCACGGAGGUGGCGGAGGCGGAGGAGGACACGGCCACAAAGGAUACGGAGGUCAUCAUGGAGGUGGAGGUGGUGGCGGAGGACACGGCCACGGCCACGGAGGAUACGGUGGAGGUGGUGGCGGAGGACACGGCCACGGUCACGGAGGAUACGGAGGCCAUCACGGGGGUGGUGGUGGUGGCGGAGGACACGGCCACGAUCACGGAGGCUACGGAGGUCAUCAUGGAGGUGGUGGUGGUGGCGGAGGACACGGCCACGGUCACGGAGGCUACGGAGGUCAUCAUGGAGGUGGUGGUGGUGGCGGAGGACACGGCCACGGUCACGGAGGCUACGGAGGUCAUCAUGGAGGUGGUGGUGGUGGCGGAGGACACGGCCACGGUCACGGAGGCUACGGAGGCCAUCAUGGAGGCGGUGGCGGUGGCGGAGGACACGGCCACGGUCACGGAGGAUACGGAGGCCAUCACGGAGGUGGUGGUGGUGGCGGAGGACACGGCCACGGUCAUGGAGGAUACGGAGGUCACCACUGGGGACAUCAUUAA